CAUUGGAACUUUACUACCUUCCUUCUCAUCUCUUUAUAAAUAGUGCGAAAAUCACCAAUCUUUGAGAUCAAUUACUUAACUUUGGAGGUAGUACUGCAAAUUAACAAUAGAGAGCGAUCAAGAAAAAUGGGUUUCUCAACUUUCUCAAUUGUCUUCAAGAUCACAAUAUGCUUACUUUCAUUUUCAAUUCUCUUUGGAUCAUCAAAUGCACAACUAAAUGCCACUUUUUAUGCUAGUACAUGUCCGAAUGUGUCGAGUAUUGUUCGAGGUGUAAUUCAACAGACACUUCAAUCAGACCCACGGAUCGGCGCAAGUCUCCUUCGACUACACUUCCACGAUUGCUUUGUUAAUGGGUGCGAUGGAUCGAUUUUGCUAGAUGAUAGCAGUAAUAUACAAAGUGAGAAAAACGCUGCUCCCAAUUCCAACUCAAUUAGGGGAUUUGAUAUCAUUGAUAGCAUUAAGACUGCAGUAGAGAAUUCUUGCUCUGGUGUUGUCUCUUGUGCUGAUAUUCUUGCAAUAUCAGCUGAAGCUUCUGUUUCUCUGGCGGGGGGUCCUUCAUGGAAUGUUUUAAUGGGAAGACGAGAUAGCAUAACAGCCAACCAAGCUGGUGCAAAUACUUCCAUACCUAGUCCGUCAGAAGGCCUUACAAACAUAACAACGAAAUUUUCUAAUGUAGGCCUAAAUGUCACUGAUCUAGUUGCAUUAUCAGGUGCACACACAUUUGGACGGGCACAAUGCAGAAAUUUUGCUAGUCGGUUGUACAAUUUCAGCCGUUCCGGUAACCCAGACCCGACAUUAAACACAACUUACUUGUCUACUCUUCAGCAAGCAUGUCCUCCAAAUGGCAAUGGGUCUGUUCUUAUCAACCUUGAUCAGAAUACAGCAGACAGCUUUGACAAUAACUACUUCUCCAAUCUUCAAACUAACCAAGGUCUUCUUCAAUCUGAUCAAGAAUUGUUUUCAACAAAUGGAUCUGCUAGCAUUGCGAUUGUUAACAGUUUCAGCAGUAACCAAACGACAUUUUUUGAGAACUUUGUCCAAGCAAUAAUUAAAAUGGGUAAUAUCAGUCCGUUGACGGGAAGUAACGGAGAAAUUAGAUCGGAUUGUAAGAAAGUCAAUGGAGCUACUAGCAGCAGUGUGCGUAUGGAUCAAUAAUAACAGUUCAUUGGUAAGAAUAAAUUGAAAAUGCAGGCUAGAUAUAAAGAAUUCAACUGUUACUUUGGCAAAAUUGUGAUUUUUUUUUUUUAUUUUUUUAUAUAUCAAAGCAAAUGUUCAUGUUGUUGGUGAUAAAAGGUCUUCCGGCCAAGUUAAAAAGAUGAGAUUAUGACCAAUAUUUAUGUAACUAGGUUUGCAAGGGGAUGCAAAUGUAACAUCAUUUUAUUCGAUUUACAUAUAUUAUUCUAUCGGUAAUUUGCUUAGGCAUUUCUUUUUUUGA